UGACUCUUGACUGCUCCUGCUCACUUGCAUCUCCUCGUCUCAACCUCAACCUCUCAGCAUGUUUCAACGUGACCCUCGUGCUGGCGCAUUUCUCGGAGGCGACAGGGUCUCUGGGCAAGAUGUCCGUGACCAGAAUGUCCUUGCUGCACAAACGAUCGCAAACAUCGUGAAAAGCUCUUUAGGACCUAUGGGUCUGGACAAGAUGCUGGUGGACAACAUCGGAGAAGUCACAAUCUCUAACGAUGGCGCGACCAUUUUAUCUCUUCUUGCUGUCGAGAGCCCUGCGGGAAGAGUAUUUGUGGACCUUGCGCAAAAGCAAGAUCGGGAAGUAGGCGAUGGCACGACUUCGGUUGUACUCAUAGCUGCCGAGCUGCUGAGAAGAGCAAAUGAGCUCGUGAAGCAGAAGAUCCAUCCUACCACCAUCAUCACAGGUUACAAGCUUGCAUGCAGGGAAGCAUGCAAGUUCAUGCAGGAUCAGCUCAGUGUGAAGGUUGAUGCAUUGGGUAGAGAGGCCUUGAUCAACGCUGCAAAGACCAGCAUGUCCAGCAAAAUCAUCGGCGGUGACGAUGACUUCUUCGCUCCUAUGGCGGUAGAUGCGAUGUUAGCGGUGAAGACCAUCAACAGCCGUGGAGAUGUCAAGUACCCAGUGAAAGCAGUGAACAUUCUGAAGGCGCACGGUCGAAGUGCUCGGGAAUCCGUAUUUGUCAGAGGAUACGCGCUCAAUUGCACGGUUGCGAGUCAAGCGAUGAAGACUCGCAUCACAAAUGCCAAGAUCGCCUGUCUAGAUAUCAAUCUACAGAAGGCACGUAUGCAGCUCGGUGUGCAGAUUCUUGUGGAUGACCCGAAUCAAUUGGAGGACAUCAGGAAAAGAGAAGCUGAAAUCACGCUAGAGCGCAUCCGUAAGAUUCUCGCAGCAGGCGCGAACGUGGUUCUCACAACAAAGGGCAUCGACGAUCUCUGUCUCAAGGAGUUCGUUGAGGCUGGUGCAAUGGCUGUUCGCCGGUGUCGGAAGGAAGAUCUUCGCCGCAUCGCCAAGGCCACGGGCGGUACGCUUAUGUCCAGCCUUGCAAACCUGGAGGGCGAGGAGUCGUUCGAGCCCAGCUACCUUGGGACCGCCGAUGAAGUCGUGCAGGAACGCAUAUCAGACGACGAACUAAUCUUGAUCAAGGGUACGAAGGUGGUCAGCUCAUCAUCGAUCAUCUUGAGGGGUGCAAAUGACUACAUGCUGGACGAGAUGGAGAGGGGACUGCACGACACUUUGUCUAUUAUUAAGCGCACUUUGGAGAGCGGCUCGGUGGUGCCUGGUGGAGGGGCGGUUGAGACAGCAUUGUCCAUCUAUCUUGAGAACUUUGCGACGACACUGGGUUCGCGGGAACAACUCGCUAUCGCAGAGUUCGCAAGUGCUCUUCUCAUCAUCCCCAAAACCCUUGCUGUCAACGCUGCGAAGGAUUCUACGGACCUCGUCGCGAAGCUCCGCGCGUAUCAUAACGCAGCACAGAAUGCGCCUGCGGGCGAUCCGAAGAAGGCACUCAUGCGCUAUGGUCUCGACCUUCUGAACGGCGAAGUACGAGACAAUGUCACUGCGGGAAUUCUGGAACCGACUGUGAGCAAAGUGCGCAGCCUGAAGUCGGCGUUUGAGGCUGCUGUAUCGCUUCUGCGUAUUGACGAUGCAAUACAAUGUGUACCAGAAUCUAAGGGUGAGCCAGAUCCCCACGCACACUGAGCCUCGUUGGGGUGGAGGGAGAAACGAAGCUGCAGAAUAUGCAUACGGUGGACAAGUAGGGUAGUUCGUCAUUCUUCCGACUUGUUGCGUAUAUUGUACAUCAUCUCCGGCGUCGCACUCAUGGAGACUUGCAACUCUGUAUAUGGUCGGAUCACAUAAGUUACAAGCACGGGCCACAUCAGAC